CAAUUCGAAUCAUGUUUUUUGCUUAUUUCCAAUUUAUUAAGUGAUAGUUAUUGAUAUUUAAAUGACAUAAUUUAUUUCUAAAGUUGAACUUGAAAUAAAAAUACAACAACUUACAACUCUUGUUGAGGCAGUGAAAAAAUUCGGUUUCUUAGUUGGUGGAAAAGUUAUCGAUUUGUGUGAAAGUUGCAGGCUGCUGCAGAUUGGCGAAAGAAAGUUUUCUGGAAAUGUGAAGGAAAGAAAGCAAUCAUAACAAUGGAAAACUUAAACUUUGCACGCACACCGCAAUUUCUGCGCAAAGUUAUCUACGAAGCGCGCAGAUCGUUUAUACACAGCGAUCCCGCCGCUACCUCAACCGCCGGUUCCCACCCAGACAGAGAGGAGGAGGAGGAGGCGUCAUCCGAAAUGGAACUCGCCCACACUUUGACCCUCAAUGAGGAGGCCCUCAAGCAGCUGCCGGAGCACAAGCGACCGGUAUUUGAGUUGGAGUGGCUGCGUUACCUGGAGAAGGCCCUGCCCACUGUGGCCAAGCAUGAGAUUAAGGCCAGCCAGAAGAAGCUGGUGCAGCAGCUGUCAGAGCGAAUCCAGGGUGCCCCUGGUCCGCCCAUGCGAAAGCUCAUUGCCAGUGCCCUGGCCACUCUGUUCUCCGUCGGCGACACUUUUAUGCUCUUCGACACUGUCAAUGCCUGCAAUGAUAUUCUUAAGAAUAAGGAUGACUCGCCCAGCUACCUGCCCACCAAGCUUGCUGCCAUCUGCGUGCUUGGAUCGAUGUACGAGAAGCUGGGACGGAUGAUGGGACGAACCUAUGAAGACACUGUGCAGAUACUCAUCCGCACUCUGCGAAAUGCCGAAUCCCAGGCGAGAAUUGAGAUUAUGCACACCUUGGAGAAGGUGAGCGCUGGCAUGGGAACAGCCAUUGCCAAUGUCCACAAGGAUAUCUACAAAGCAGCCAAACACUGUCUUCUGGAUCGAGUAAUGGCCGUUCGAGUGGCCGCCGCCCGUUGCAUUCUCAAAAUGAUUUAUAGCGCAUCAUUUCUUUACCAAACUGAGCUCGAGAGCCUGGGAACUCUUUGUUUCCGUGCCUUCGAUGGAAGUAAUUACGAGGUUCGGUGUGCUGUGGCUCAGCUUCUGGGCACACUUUUGGCCUACACGCAGCAACUGGCUGAAGCAGCAACGGGAAAUAAGAAGCAGGCUCAAGCAGUGGCUAUGCAGGCGGCUAAAGGAGCCACUCAGCGUUUGGUCUCCCUGGAUGAGGCACUCGGCAUCCUGAUGUCCGGAUUCCUGCGCGGAGGAGCCUCAUUUCUUAAAGGAACCGGGGAGAUAAUCAAAGGAAGUUCGGGAGUCAACAGAGAAGUACGAGUGGGUGUAACGCAUGCCUAUGUCGUCUUUGUCCAGUUCAUGGGCAGCGUUUGGUUGGAGCGACAAUUGAGCACGUUCCUGGCACAUGUUCUGGAUCUGGUGGCGAAUCCAAAGGCAGCCUGUUCUCACGUGGAUGCGGUGUACUCCCGCAAGUGCAUCAACUUCAUACUUCGUUCCACAAUUGGCAAGAUGCUGGGCGAGAAGGCACAAAGUGCCGCCUGCAAGGAACUCGUCCAUUUGGUGGCCAAGCAGAUGAACUCCAUUGACUUCAAUCCGGAGAACGCUAAGGACUCCAACCAAGAGACGCUCUUUAGCCAGCACCUGCUGGUGUGUGCUCUGCAAGAAUUGAGCUCUCUACUGAUUGGAUUGGGUACCACGGCGCAGAACCUUUUAGGUGAUCAAUCCUUGCAAGCAAUCGACGCCACUUGUGCCGUUCUGGUGCAUCCUUGUGCCGCAGCCCGCUUGGCAGCCGCUUGGUGCUUGCGAUGUGCCUGUGUUGCGGUUCCGGGUCAGAUUACUCCCUUGAUUGACCGCUUUGUGGAGGCCAUUGAGCAAAUGAGAUCAUCGCCAGAGGCCAUCGCGGGCUAUAGCUGCGCUUUGGCGGCCAUUUUGGGUAGCGUUCGAUACUCGCCCCUGGGCAUUCCCCACACCAAGGGCAAGGUCGUGUUCAAUUGUGCAGAGGAAUUGUUGCGAUCAGCUUCCCAGAAUAGUCGCAUGUCGCUGCAUCGCACUCAGGCCGGAUGGCUGCUGAUUGGUGCAAUUAUGACAUUGGGAUCACCUGUGGUCAAGGGUCUGUUGCCUCGGAUGUUGCUCCUUUGGCGAAACUCAUUCCCGAGGUCUAAUAAGGAAUUGGAAUCGGAAAAGGCACGCGGAGAUGCUUUCACCUGGCAGGUGACACUGGAGGGACGUGCCGGUGCUCUGUCCGUGAUGCACAGCUUCUUGCUGAAUUGUCCGGAUCUGGUUACGGAGGAUAUAACCCGAAGGCUGCUUACACCGAUUGAGAGUGCUCUGGCUAUGCUGGUCAACUUGGCCUCUGUCCUCAAGAGCUACGGCACCCAGCUAAAGGCUCCGGCGGCUAUGGUUCGCUUGCGGCUCUUCGAGACUCUCACCUUGCUGCCAGCGAAUGCCCUGGAAGCCUCCUAUACACAUCUCCUUCGCAUGCUAGUCUCGGAGUUUACGCUUUCGGAUAAUGCGGCAAAUACCACGAAUUCGUUGCUCCGUACACUUUGUCAUGGCGAUGAUUCUAUCAUUCUUGGAACAUGGUUGCAGGAAACAAAUCAUCGCACCAUUGAAGAUCAGAUGGAGCCCAAUCGCAAAGUCGAUGGCGAGCAUCUGCAACCGAAUAGCGCCGCUGGAUCUGGAGCAUUGGAGCAUGAUCCCUGCUGCUUGUACCGUCCCAGUUGGUCCGUCCAGGGCAAUGGAUCUACCACUGGUGGUACUGCCUCAUCAGCAUCAGCAUCGUCUGGCGUAGGAAGCCCCGGCAGUGGAAUGACAAACAGCAUUCAGUUGAUUAGCAAAGUGCAACAGUGUCCAGGACCCUUGCCCCUAGGAGUGGCUGUGAUCGAUAUGGCUGUCACUCUCUAUGGCACCAUCUUCCCCAAAGUGGCCAACAAGCAUAGGCUGCAGAUGCUGGAACACUUUGCAGAGUGCAUUCGACAGGCGAAGAGCAGCAGGCAGGAAGCCAUACAAAUGAACAUAUUUACGGCUUUGCUGUGUGCUCUGAAGAAUCUGACGGAUAGCAAGACGAGCCUGGGGCAGGAGGAUGUGCGAAAGAGUGCCACGGCAUUGGUGGUGGCCUCGCUGACUAGCCCCAAUUCCACGAUUCGCUGUGCAGCUGGUGAAGCUCUGGGCAGAUUGGCCCAAGUGGUGGGAGAUUCCCACUUCACCGCCGAGUUGGCACAAAAUAGCUUCGAUAAGCUGAAGUCAGCGAGGGAUGUGGUCACAAGGACAGGACAUUCGCAUGCCUUGGGCUGCCUUCAUCGCUAUGUGGGCGGCAUGGGCUCGUCACAGCAUCUGAGCACAAGUGUGUCCAUCCUCCUCGCCUUGGGUCAGGACAGUGCAUCACCGGUGGUCCAAGCUUGGUCACUUUAUGCAUUGGCGCAAAUUGCCGAUUCCGGCGGUCCCAUGUUCCGCGGUUAUGUGGAGGCCACCCUGACGCUAUGCCUGAAGCUGCUGCUUACUGUUCCCCAUGCCCACGUGGAUGUUCAUCAGUGUGUGGGACGAGUGGUGAAUGCUUUGAUCACCACCGUAGGACCAGAGCUGCAAGGUUCAGGUGGAGGAGUGGCCAACUUAAAGGGAUCCUUCCUUUGCUCGGCAGCUCUUCUCCAAGCCCACUCGGAUUCCCUGGUGCAAGCAGAGGCCAUUGGUUGCCUGCAGCAGCUGCAUCUCUUCGCCUGUAAAUCCCUGCAGCUGGAGGAGUUGGUGCCCACGCUGGUUGGAAUGCUGUCCAGUAACUAUUUCAUCCUGCGCAAGGCCUCAGUGUCGUGUCUGCGUCAAUUGGCUCACCGAGAAGCCAAAGAAGUGUGUGACUUGGCCUUAACCAUUAACGCCGAGCAGCUUCCGGACUUGGUAAUCACGGAGUAUGGACUGCCAGGAUUGCUCUUUUCGCUGCUGGACACCGAAACGGAUGUCGAGAUGCUGAAGAAUAUCCACGACACGCUCACUUCCAUGCUGCAAAUGCUGGCUGCGGACAAUCUUAGCUCGUGGUUGAGUCUCUGCAAGAAUGUGCUAACCGUGGCGGUGGAAGGUGGACUCAAUGAUGAUCCCGCUGGCGGAGAUCCGAACAAGAGCAAGGAUGCAGGCGGAGCAGAGCAGGAGGAGGAGGACGAAGAGGAGGAGUACGCCGAUGAUGUGACCGAAUACCGAGCAGAGGAGAAUACUUCCACCCAUCCCGCAGUGCAACCGAGGUGGCCAACUCGGGUCUUUGCCGCUCAGUGCGUGCGGCGGAUCAUCUCUAGCUGUGAGGCUGCUAGCUCCGUGCACUUUGACCUUCUGCAGGCUAAGGAGCAGCAACUGAUACGAUCUCGUGGAGAUUAUCUCAUCCUGCAUUUAGCGGAGCUCAUUCGUAUGUCCUUUAUGGCCGCCACAUCCGAUUCGGAUCAGCUUCGAUUGGAGGGUUUGCGCACGCUGCAGGAGAUCAUUGAUCGCUUUGCCAACGUUCCCGAGCCCGAGUUUCCCGGUCAUUUGCUACUGGAGCAGUUUCAAGCUCAAGUUGGGGCCGCCUUGCGUCCUGCUUUUGCUCCCGAUACACCAUCUCACGUCACGGCCGCCGCCUGUGAAGUUUGCUCCGCUUGGAUUGGCUCCGGAGUCGCUCGCGAUAUUGGAGAUUUGAGGAGAGUCCACCAGCUGCUUGUUAGUUCGCUGAGCAAGCUCUCCACGAAAACCAACAGCACGCAGUUGUAUAAUGAAUCCAUGGCCACGCUGGAGAAGUUGAGCAUCCUGAAGGCCUGGGCAGAGGUGUACAUUGUGGCCAUGUUGGGAAAUGGCAAGGCUCCCGCUUCGCUACUGAGCCUGCAAUCCCAACAGUCGGGCGGAAUUCAAUCUAUAACCAGCGGUGUGGAGACCAACGAUCAGGAUCUUCCUGCGGAGAGCCGAGGAGAGAGUCUUCUUGGCUUGGUCCAACCAGAGCUUCAGAAUCUCUCCGCUCACUGGCUGAGUGCCAUGAAGGAUCAUGCUUUGCUCCUGCUCCCAGCGGAAUUCCAAUCCCAAUUGCCGCACGACGGCGGUGCCUUCUACACCACGGACACCAUCAACUCCUCGAAACCCCACUACAUGACCAGUUGGCCACCAAUCCUCUAUGCCUCUGCUCUCUGGCUGCGAGAUGAGGGUUUCGCUCGUCACCAGGAUACAAGGGAAACAACGGCGGAGUCGAAUAAUAACCAGAUAACUCAUGGAUCACUCUCGGCUGAUCGCUUCCACAUGAUCUUCGGCAUCUGCAUGGAGGCCUUGUGCAGCAUGAGGAGCUCGGAAAGACCGAGGAAUAUAGUAAGCUGCCUGCGAUCGCUCCACAGCAUCUUCGAUUCGGAUUGGGCCAGAAGGCAGUUGGUUAAGGAUCGAGCCUUAACCAUUGAGCUCUGCCAUGUUCUACACCGACAGAUCCUGACCAGAGAUGAACUGCUCGUGCAACUGCUCUGCAUGGAGAUCCUAAAGCAAACAAUUCGAGCCGCCAAGGAGGAUUUGGAUAGAAAACGGGAUGAUAAUGCUAAUUCAGAGGAAGGAAACGGAUCAGAACGAAUUGGGGAGGAUGAUUCCAUGCAGCCCGGAAGCUCUCAUGUCUACGCCGUCUUGGAGGUGUGCCUCUGCCUCUUUGUCCGCCAAAUACCGAGCAUGAAUCCGACGAGACAAGGAGUUGGUGGCUCUGGAGGUCUUCAGCUUGACUUUGCCUAUGCCAAAAUGGCAACCGGGUCCUCCUUCUUCUCGGUACUGGGCGAUGAUAACGGCUUACUAGUGGCCACCGGACUGCAAUGCGUAGAACAAUUAUUGGAUUUGUGUACUCCCAAAGGUGCCCUAGGCAUCCUGCCCACCGUCCUCUACAUGACCACCAGUAUCGUUAAGGAGAUAGCCAAUAAGUCGGCCAUAGAUAGCACCAUUUUGGCAAAUACCAGCGCAGUGAAGGCUGCUCUCCAGUGUCUGCGUUCCGUUUGUGUCCACAAGUGGGCCAAGGUGGAGGAAACAUCUGAGGAGUGGCAACAGCUGCUCCAAAGCUCCCUGGCCACAAUUGUGGAUCUUACGAAGACGGCCGGUGAUAAUGAGGAGAAGCGAGUUGAUGAAGUCACCAUGUUGCUGGCCAUCGCUGUCUUCAUCCUGCACACACCUGCCUCCGUGGUGUCCACGCCAUCAUUGCAAUAUCCCUGCAUAAAUCACUUCAGACAGUGCCUGCAGUCGGAGCACCUCUCUGUGAAGCUGCGAUGCAUCGAAACCACCCGAUCGAUCUUCGCCAAAGCGGACCUGAAGACAGCCACUCCAUACAUCCACGCCCUGGCGCCACGAAUCAUUGAGUCGCUGUAUGCCGAGUCUAGCAAGGUCCCGGCCAGCGAGCUGGAGUUGCAGGUCACCAUCGAGAGCAUUGUCACCGUGGAGCAGCUGAUCGAUUUGGCAGAGCCACAGCACCGAAACAUGAACUUGCUACAAGACAUACAAAUGCUGACACUGCUGGUGCCCGUGCUCAUUGGAUUCUUAGCGGAGCCAAGCAAACUUCGGACGCUGCCCAAAUACCAGAAACAACUGCAUGACCAGGCGCUGCAGUGGCUAUUGAAGAUCGGCCCCAAGCAUCCGCAGGAGUUUAAGGCUUUGAUGGGCCAAACACCGGAGCUGCGACAGAAACUGGAAGCGGCCAUUCGAAGCCAACAGCAAUCUAUUAAUAUUGCCCAAAAGGCAACGGAGGCGCAGAGAAACCUCCUGGCAAAGCCACAAAAGCCCACGAUCAAGUUAAAGACGGACUUUAGUAACUUCCAAUAAGUAGAAAGCGGAGAAAAGUCGGAAUCAGCCCCCUACACGUAGUCUACAAUCCGCGAAUGCUAACAUAAAAAUGCUUAACAAUAAAAAUGUUCCCACUUUA